AUGUCCAAUAUCUAUACCAAUUCACGUGUAUAUUGCUCCUCACUGAAACCAUUCAAUAAAAAUCAAGUGGAUAAGAACUACUUAUUUUCAUCAAUUGAUUUAUUCUUUUGUCCAAAAUGUUUAUCACCAAAAGCUUUAUAUCAAACUUAUUUUGAAAUUGUUUACAAAUUCUGUUCAAAUUGUUUAACUGAUUUCACUAGAAGCAAAGAUCAACAUACUUGUUCAAAAAAUUGCUUCAUUUGCCCGGAAUGCUCAUCGAAUUUGGAAAUAUCUUUUGAAAAUCAUAAUAAUAAUAGUAAAUCUUUCAAUUUCAAAUGUGUUUAUUGCAAAUAUUAUUUCAAGACACCCAUCAUAAAUAAACCUAAACCGCUAAUCAGUAUUAUCAAUGAAUGUAAAACUGAUCCUUUCAACGUACUAUGCCACAAAAUUAGCGAUGAAUUGAGGGAUACGAAUAUGUCUGAAAAAUUGAGUGAAAGGGCUAUCAAAAAUCUACAAUUUAUCAGUAAAGAAUCAAUAGAAGACAAGAAAGAACAAAUUACAACAGCGAAAUACCCAAUGCCAAAGAAACUAACUACUAAAAAGUCAAUUUUCUGCAUGAGUUGUAGAACUGUUUUAUUUGCUCCUAUUGUUGAAAACGUACCACCCCUAACCAAUAAAGUUUUGAUUAAGUAUAAUGCAGUAGAUUAUCUACCGCAUAUUUCAAGCUCCAAAUUGAUUGAUAAUAUUCAUUUAUUAAAUUUCAUAAAUCCCUUAAAGACCAAAGUUUAUCUUGAAAUUUUGAUACCGAAUAACGAAAACUGUAAAACAGAAAUAACAACGACAGAAUUCAUUUUAGGUCCAAAGAGUUCAAAUAUUGUCAAGACUAUACCUACAGCUUAUUUGACUGAGAGUACAUCACAAUCAAAAUCCGAGCUAAUAUUGAGAAAAGGUGGUAAGAUGUAUCAAGAACCUACAGUUGAUAAUUAUCACGAAUUUUUCGAGAAAGGUAUCAAUUGGAUAUCCAUUCCUAUUGUAGUUUCAUCUGACGAAAAAGAAGUGGAAUUGCCCAUACAUGUUAAAUUAACUUGUGACGAGUUACCAGAAAAAGAACUUACCAAAAUUGAAACAAGUUAUUGGAGCAUCAUUGUAAUUAGAUGA